AUGUUGCCUUCGCAGCCGCGCCCGAGUCUCACUGGUCUGCCUCCCGGCGCGGCGCUUGUGAAGACCGCGCUGGCAGUUCCUCCGACAGCGAUGCCGCGCAAGCAUUCCACCACCACAGAGAUGUCGCCGCUGCACUCGCUGUCCGCAUCCAAGGCAGCCGCGAACCCAAAGCCGCCUCCGCCGCUUCCAUCGGUGCCAGCGAACAGCUGGUAUGCUCAGCCGUUCGUCGAGCGGCCCGGUACACCAAUGUCCGCCUUCCAUCGGAGCCACCGCGGCAAAAUCAUCUUCUCGCCUCGCCCUGUACCGGUCGAAGAGGCGGAACUGCUAGCGCUACGUGGACAGGAGCCGCGGACCUUGACCGUCUGCGAGGUGGGCAAAGACCUUCUUUACGGAAUGGCCUACCUCUAUGCCGUGCCGCUUGCCAUCGAGCAUCAGUGGCGCGGCCGCGUCGCGUACCUCCAGCAAGUGCGGCGGCGUCAGGCGCCGAUCCCGGACAUCGUGCUCCGAAGUGUUCAGGGACGCACCGCGCUACAGCGGCAGCAUCAGGCGCAGGAGGGUCGCACAGCAUCAGUACAGCUGUCUUCGUCUUCGCCAACGUCGCCAGCUCCAGCUGCCUCGGCACUGGCGCCGGUGGAGUACAGCAACACCAUGCGCUUCGAGCGUGGCGAGACUACGGUGUAUGACCGUCCUGCCGACGACUUUCUGAUUGGCAUAAAGCUUUUCGUGAACGAGGAACUUGUGGAGGAUCACUACCCCGACGUGCACGCGCUCCCUCAGUGCACAGCCACCAUCACCGCCAAGGAGGCCGCGCAGCUGUGGAGCUGCGUUCCCUUUGUCUUGGUCGGCUACCUCAACCAGGCGCUCCUGGACCCCAUCUCUCUCUUCCACACCCUCUCCUUGAGCUUUGUAGAGCACCUCCUGCGGGUGAAGCUGCCUGGCCGUGGCCCCGCUGGCUCCGCAGGGGACUGCACCAAGGCAACGUCGACGCUGCCUUCAUCCUCUGCGGCCGCCCCCUCGCGGCCCACCAAAGCUGCGCUGCUGGAGCUGCCUUUGCGGGUGGAGGUGGUGUACGGUUGCCGCGCGGAGGCGUUCUACUGCACGGACUUCAUCUCGCGCGGCCGCUGCGUUUUGCGCAUGACAGAGGCCUCCAAACCGUCGUUGAAGAGCUACGAGGAGAAGCUGCGUGCGCUCGUCAAGGCACGCCAUACGGCGCCCCAGUUAAUCCCCCGCCCCACGAGUGGUCUUCCACCACCGCGCGCAUGUGCCGGAUGCGGCUAUCCCCUGCAGUUCCGCUGCAGUUUUUGCGGUGCCGAAGUAUGCGGGAGCUCGGUAUGUGCCUCGAGCGCUGUCAUCGGCUACCCACGCGCGUGCACGCGACACGCGCUACAACGCUGA